UCGUAAUGUCCGGGCAGCCAGAUCGAGAUGCAUGCAUGCGUACAUAUAAAAUGUAGAUGAGGAGAGAUUGUGCGUGAAGCUAGCUAACAGGGGAUCGAGUUAAUUCAGUUAAUUAGCAGGGCGCAGGAUCGGAGAAGAGCAUAAUAUAAUUUAUAUAUCGAUGGCGAUGAGGAUAUGGGUGGUUGUGACGGCCAUGGUGUGCGUGGUGGCGACGGCGGCCAUGGCGGACAUGGAGGAGGGCGACGUCGGGGAGUACUGGCAGAAGCGCACGGCGGAGACCCGGUUCAAGCACGGUGGCCCUCUCCAUGACCUCGUCUCCGCCGCCACCCGCUACCACCAAGACCUCCUCGGCCACAGGGACGGCCGGCGGUAUCUCCUGGCGGAAGAGGAAGCAGCGUCCGCGCCCACGCCGCCGCAAGCUCAAGCCCCAGCCUCUGCCGAUGGAAAACCGGCUGGUGAACAUAAUACCCUAGCGGACCACGACAUCGUUGGCUAACAUAAGUUAUGAUCGAUUAUUAUUAAUUACUUAUACGUGGAGUAUGUAUGUCCUUGUUAGCUUCAUUUUUUUUAUAUAUAUCAUUAUAUACUCCCAUGUGCGCAGACAUGCAUGCACACAUGGAUUAAUUGUACUAACAAAUAUAUAUCAUAUACCAACAUUGUAUAAA